AUGGAUGCUUCAUCGUCAUCAAAGAGAACUGCUCCUGCCCAAUGGGGAGGUCUGCCCAAGAAGAGGCCAAGAAUCUCCAGAUAGGACGAAGGAGUCUUGCUUUGAGGGAGGCACACCCCCUUUGCUAUCAUCAAGACAUCCUCAUGAAUGACAUCUUCCCCAAGCUGGAUUGGGAGGGACAGGAUGAUGUGCAGUGGGUCUGCAAGCAGUGGCGUAGGUGGUCCAAGUUGCGCUACCGCCUCCCAUACUCGUACCCUGCAGGAUGCUACCGCGGGUCACUGCGAGAGUGGGUCAUCAUGGACAUAAUUGAGAAUGAUGGCCGUGACUUCCACGCCUGGCUUGACCAGGACAUGACCGUCUACUUUGACGACUUCCCCCUCAUUUUCUAGGAGGAGCAGUAGCACUUGGUGGAGGCCAUGCAGGGGUGCGAGGUGGUGGCACUGGUAGUGGCCCCUCUUUUGUCAAGCUUCUGAUGAUCCAUCUUGUUUAUAACUUUUUUUUUUUAAAUUUUCUAGGUCUAACUCACUCAGUACUUUCAUAGCAAAGUAGGUUUUUGGAAUGUGACAAGUGUUGGUUUUUGAAAUGUGACAAGUGUUGAUUUUUGAAAUUUGUCAUUGCUAUGGCAGUAUGUUA